CCGCCCAUCCCGGAAGUGUGGGCGGGGCUACUAAGCCUCGCGUCCCAGUAAACGGAAGAGGCUGUUGGGGGUUGAGGUAGCUUUAAAUUCCCGUAGUCCUUAAAGUGUCGCCCUUUCUCCUGGAGUCGGGCUUCACGAGCCUGAUGGCUUUGGACGUGAAGUCGCGAGCCAAGCGUUAUGAGAAAUUGGACUUCCUCGGAGAGGGACAGUUUGCCACAGUUUACAAGGCCAGAGACAAGAACACCAAUCAAAUAGUUGCCAUUAAAAAAAUAAAACUUGGGCACAGAUCAGAAGCUAAAGAUGGUAUAAAUAGAACAGCCUUAAGAGAAAUUAAAUUAUUACAGGAACUAAGUCAUCCAAAUAUAAUUGGUCUCCUUGAUGCUUUUGGACAUAAAUCUAACAUUAGCCUUGUAUUUGAUUUUAUGGAAACUGAUCUAGAGGUUAUAAUAAAGGAUAAUAGUCUUGUGCUGACACCAUCACACAUCAAAGCGUACAUGUUGAUGACUCUUCAAGGAUUAGAAUAUUUACAUCAGCAUUGGAUUCUACAUAGGGAUCUGAAACCAAACAACUUGUUGCUAGAUGAAAAUGGAGUUUUAAAACUCGCAGAUUUUGGCCUGGCCAAAUCAUUUGGGAGCCCCAAUAGAGCUUAUACACAUCAGGUUGUAACUAGGUGGUAUCGGGCCCCUGAGUUACUCUUUGGAGCUAGAAUGUAUGGUGUGGGUGUGGACAUGUGGGCUGUUGGCUGUAUAUUAGCAGAGUUGCUUCUAAGGGUUCCUUUUUUGCCAGGAGAUUCAGACCUUGAUCAACUAACAAAAAUAUUUGAAACUUUGGGCACACCAACAGAGGAACAGUGGCCUGACAUGUGUAGUCUUCCAGAUUAUGUGACGUUUAAGAGCUUUCCUGGAAUUCCAUUACAACAUAUCUUCAUUGCAGCAGGAGACGACUUGCUAGACCUCAUACAAGGCUUAUUCUUAUUUAAUCCAUGUACUCGAAUUACAGCCACACAGGCAUUGAAAACUAAGUAUUUUAGUAAUCGACCAGGGCCUACACCUGGAUGUCAGCUGCCAAGACCAAACUGUCCAGUGGAAACCUUAAAAGAGCAACCAAACCCAGCUAUGGCAACAAAACGGAAGAGAACAGAGGCUUUGGAACAAGGAGGAUUACCCAAGAAACUGAUUUUUUAAUUAUGGAGAACACUGGACAGUAUUUCACUGCUGAAGGAAAUAGUAAAAAAGGAAUAUAAUGGAAAAUAGUAGACAUUAAGUAAAUGUUAUAGAACUGAAUUUGUAAAUAUUCUAUACAUGUAAAAUAUAUGACACUGGGUUAUUUUUAUUAAAUGUAUUUUAAAAUAAA